AUACUAUCGGUACACAUCAUGCUCUUACGGUGAGUUACAUAAUACCCGUCAUGGCAUGGUAUCACCCACAGCACGGAUCAUCCUCGAAGCCCGCAACCCAAAACAAGAGGAAGAAUGAGGAGCGCCUACAAAUUAGACUACUGGUUCACCGGUACCGCAGAGUAGCCCAUGCACCGGUAGUCAGGAUCUCCAUCUACCGGCAGCAAUGCGAUAUGGUAUGGGCAGGUACCGUAGCAUCCUCGUUACCGAUAAUUAUGCCACGCUUCGUCGAUCCUGAAGAGCCCCCCCUCUUCUUCCCCCACCCUCCGCGUUCAUUUGAAGCCAACCCUGAUCCCGAAACCCGACAGCCCAACCAAGUACAGUAGUCCCCUAAAGCAUUCCAUAACUUGACAC